AUGGUCAAAGCUAUCAGAGGCACCCUUGUGCGAUGCGACGCGUCGAUCAAAGCCAUGCUGGUCGACAUUGACAGCAAGAACAAUAACGAAUACAUCAUAGAAGAGCUCGACGAGGAGCACAUUUUGGUCAAGGAGACUAAGGUCAUCGAACUCAAGAGUCGGUUGAACAGCAUGAUGAGAGAACGGCUGAAGGAGCCCGAGAGCUCAGACUCUGAGUAG